AUGGAUGCAGAAGGCGAAUCUGUGGAGGUAGAAGACUCUGGUGCUGAUUCCACUCUGGCUAUAGGCAAGGCUUCCGACGUAGGUUUUAUACCACCAGGAAUUCCCUGGGUGAUCCUUGUAUCAUUCUUGUACAUCACAUAUAUCAGUGGUCUAUUUCUUGUGACAGCCAUCAGCAUCGACCGGUGUGUGUCUGUCCUCUUCCCAAUCUGGCAUCGCUGCUCCCGGCCAAGAUACUUGUCCCCUGCUGUGUGCGCCCUCCUGUGGAUCUUCUGUUUCAUCCUGGGAGGAAUUCAGAACAUUCUGGAACCUGUAUCUGAACGUGAUAUCAACUAUCUUCAUUGCCUCGUGACUGCCGUGGUUUGCUUCCCACUGAUCACAACCUCUGCUGUGAUCCUAUUCAUCAAAAUCAGCCUUAAAUCCAAACAGAAAAAACGGGGAAGACUUUUAGUGAUGAUUUUUAUUAGUCUUCUCUGUUUCCUUAUUCUUACUGUUCCAUUAUAUAUCACUGUGGUCAUUGAUAUUUUUUUUGACAACAGUUAUUUCUUUGGAUUUCCUGAGUUUGAUUACUAUUUUAAUCUGUGUGCCUGCCUCAACAGUAGUGUUAACCCAGUGAUCUAUUUUCUGGUUGGGAGAAAGAAACAAUGUCAAUCCAAGGAAAGCCUGAAGGUCAUUUUUCAAAGACUCUUCAAGGAAGGUUAA